AUGCCGCAGGAUAAACGGUUAAUUAUCACCAAAGCGGUAGUUCACAAAGUCCAACGUGUCUGCAACGGCGAUGAUGGGGCCGCAGCGGCUGAAGGUAUUUUCCUCGAGUUUGUCGUUCCCACUGUUGUGAUGGCGCAGUGCCCGGAACUCAUCGGAUCGCAUGUCUUUCAACUCCCCCAACGCACAUAUGUGAUGAAUGGCCGCACAUCGUGUUUAAUUGUCCCUCGCGUGAUCUCCACAGAUGCAUUUAAAAUUAACAAACGCCACGGUUAUUACGAUGCGGUCGUCACGGCAGAGGCGGUGUGUAAACGCGAUGAUGCGGAGGCCAUUCGCCGGGCUGUGCAGGUCGCCAACACAUUUUCUCAUUUCGUCGUGGAUGCUCGUAUUGUGUCCAGACUACCCAAUUGUAUUUUAUCCGCAGCCGGUAAUCAGAAUAAUAAUAAUAAUAAUCAUAGUAAUAAUAAUAGUAAUAAUAAUAGUAAUGCUGGGGGAAAGAAUCGUAGAAAUUCACAAACCCCAUCCAAUAAUAAUAAUAAUAAUAAUAAUAAUAAUAAUAAUAAUAAUAAUAAAACAACAACAACAACAGUGGGAAAUACCUCCGCUUUAGCCCGUGCCUCCCGUAAAUGUAUUACGGCUUUACAUGAUUUGGAUGAUCGCACAAGUUUGACAUUUCGACUCUCGCAAGGCGCCACUGGUGGAGUGGUGCGGUCUGGACAACAGGGACAACUUAUUUUUCGUGUAGGCCACGGUGGAAUGACGGCUGGGGAUGUGUGUGAGAAUGCCAAGUGUUUUGUAUUUGCACUGAAGAAGGACUUUCCAACGGUGUGGAAAUACAUUCAUGAGUUUAAGAUGACAUCAGGAGUGACAGAACCAAUUCGUUUUAUGGAAGUUCACAUACAAAAAUGA